AUGGCUGAAAAGUUGAAAGAUAUGGAAGGAUGGAAAAUCCUUAUAACGGAUCAAAAUGGCAAUAUUAUCGAAGAUGGGAAAAGAAGCAGGUCACGUAGAGACCAAAGGAUAGAGAGGAUAGUUAUAGAAAGAUGCUCGGAUGGGUUGCGACUAACUCGUGGGGAUAGUGUUAAAGUACGAAACGCCAAGCCUUCCAAAAAAGCUCCAGAUGCUUUUUUAUUCCGUUUUAUAUCAGAUAUUAAACUAAAUACACUGAACAAUGUGUUAGAGAUAUGGGUUUUUGAGUUUGUGAAAAGAAAUAAAAUAGAUCCAUAUACUUUUUACAGAGAUAUGAACCCAAAAGUUUUAGAAUUGAAUGAGACAUCAGAAUUUUAUUCUAGAAUGUUUGAAGAUGAAGUUGGUCAAGAUGAACUAUUUCUAACUUUGGAGCCCUCGGAGAUAUUAUUAUCAAAUUUUGUCUCUAAAAUAAAUAUAGUUCAAGAUAAAGGCUUAGUGAAAGAUCCAGAGACAGAUCUUGUCUGUAGAUAUUUAUGUGAUGCUAAUUUUAUUAAAUAUGCUACCUUAGACUACAAUAAAGAAACAAUAUGUAUCCAGGAUAUGUCUUUUAAAGCCAUUGAAGAACAUUUCAAGAAUAUUUUAUUUCCUACGGAAUCAAAACAUGAUAAUUCAACUAAACAGAAAUUGUCACCAGCCGAAUCCAAAAAAAUUACAAAGAGAUAUAACAUAGAAUUAUCAAUAUCUUCCUCAUCAGAAUCAGAAUCAGAAUCAGAUGUAGAUAACGAUAUUUCUUCCUCUGAAGAGUUUAAAGAUAAUGAAAGUAACACAAGUAUCGACCAUUUCAGCUCCGAAGAGGAAGACAGUGACGAAGACGAAGAUUCUAUAGAAGAAGAAUCUGAAGAUGGCUCUAUGGAAGAAGCAAUCGACAAUGAAAAACCUUCAAACAUUAUCCGCAAAAGAGGGCGUCCCAAAACUUUAAAUACCAGAUCUAAAUAUAUUAGAAAGACCAAAAAACUAAAAAAGAUUCAAACUGAAUUUUUCAUCAAAAAAUUCACAAAGAAAAACGUAGUUAGAGCUAAAAAGAAAUAUACGCCAUUUUCAAAAAAAUACAAUUCUAUUGAUGAUAUUCCUAAUCUUAAUAGCACACCUGGAUUUUACCAACAAUCCCAAGAAGAUAUUUAUAAUUUAUUGGAAUCUAAGUUAGAAACAAAGAAACAACAUGAAAUUGUUGAAACUAUCUUUUCUAAAGUUAAGAAACAAUUAUAUUCAUCCCAUGGUAAAGAAAUGAUUAUGCAAUCAAAAGAUUUUGAUGAUAUUAUACCUGGUAGAGAAAAUGAAUUUGCAUCGAUAUACUUAAGUGUAUAUAGUGCUAUAGAGUUGGGUUCUGCAACCACUGUCUAUAUUGCUGGAACACCAGGUGUAGGGAAAACUCUAACAGUACGUGAGGUCAUGAGAGAAAUAUCAAAGUCUGCUGUUAAUGAUGAAUUACCUCCCUUUUCAUAUGUAGAAAUCAAUGGGUUAAAGAUGGUAAAACCUACUGAUAGUUACGAGGUGUUAUGGAAACGAAUCUCAGGUGAAAGUCUAACUUGGGGUGCUGCAAUGGAAUCAUUAGAAUUUUAUUUCAAUAAAGUACCACAAGAGAAAAAGAGAACAAUGAUUGUAUUAUUGGAUGAAUUAGAUGCAUUAGUAACUAAAGGUCAAGAUAUCAUGUACAAUUUCUUCAAUUGGACUACGUAUGAAAAUGCUAAAUUAAUUGUAAUCGCUAUAGCAAACACAAUGAAUCUACCAGAACGUCAAUUAGGUAACAAAAUAUCAUCUCGAAUUGGGUUUACAAGAAUUAUGUUUAGUGGUUAUACACAUGAAGAAUUAAAAACUAUUAUUGACUUCAGAUUGAAAGGAUUAAAUAAUUCCUACUUUUAUGUUGACAUCAAAACAGGGAGUGCAUUUUUAGUAACCAAUAAUGAAGAAGAAGACAGUAAUACAAAUAAUGAAGGUAAAGCAGAGAGUAAAAUACCUUCAGGAAUGAAAAGAGUUCAAUUGCGUAUGAGUCAAGACGCCAUUGAAAUUGCAUCAAGAAAAGUUGCUAGUGUGAGUGGUGAUGCAAGAAGAGCUUUAAAGGUUUGUAAAAGAGCUGCUGAAAUUGCAGAACAGUACUAUAUGAACAAACAUGGUUAUGGCUAUGAUAGUACCAAUAGAAAGAAAAAGAAUGAGGAUAAUGAACAAGAUGAUGAUGAUGAUGAAGGAACAAGUGAAGAUACUGAUGAAAUCCAAACCGUCCAUAUUAACCAUGUGAUGAAGGCUUUAAGUGAAACAAUUAAUCCCUACUCUGUUAAGUAUAUUACAGAAUUGUCAUUUACAAGUAAAUUAUUUUUGUUUGCCUUCCUAAAUUUAAUUAAAAAAACAGGUUUACAAGAACAAACAUUGGGUGAUAUAAUUGAUGAAAUCAAAAAUUUAAUUGAGGUAAACGGUAAUAAUAAGCUAAUUAUUAAUUUACAAGAUAUGCUCUUUGAUAGAGGAAUACCUGACCAUUAUGAACAAUUAAGAAUGAUAUCAUGGGAAUAUUUAUUGAAUGAAUUAAUUGAAGCUGGACUAGUAAUCAAACAGACUAUGAGAAAUGAAAGAUUUUCAUGUGUUAAAUUAAAUAUCCCCACUGAGGAUAUCAAAAAUACAUUAUAUCAAGAUGAAACUUUAAAGAAUCUAUAA